AAACCCAAACAACCAGUUCAGCACAGAACACUCACAACAGGGACUUUGUGGCUGAGCAGGCAAGUGCAGAGAGUACUAAAAAACAACAAUGGCUGGAUCACAAUGGAAAAUCAUAUUAUUUUGAAACAAACAAAAAAGGAUGGGAUUUUGCAGACAGCUUUUGCAAGAAGCAAAGUUCAAACCUCACUAUUAUUAAGAAAACUGAGGAAAUGAAUUUCAUAUUGAAUCACACUAUGGGUCACACUUGGGUUGGAUUGAAAAAGGAGAAUAAAAAAUGGAAUUGGAUCGAUGGAACAGCUUUCCACAACAGAGUAUUUGAAAAUUCUGUUCAACAAGAGAAGUCUGGCAGUGACUGUGGUAGCAUAAUGGCAGGUGGCAUAUUGUUGGCAGCACCUUGCAAAACUGCUAAUCACUGGAUCUGUGAAAAGUUAAUAGUGGAGAAGUGAUGUAUUAUCUCGAUAUGUUAAAACAUGUUUUUUUCUCUUUCACUUUUAAAUUAUUUAAUACAUUUUUUCUGAAUUAUUUUAAAUAUUAAAGCUACACAAAAGGCAAACUACACAUUAAUAUCAUUUGUUAAACAUAGUAAUUGUUUAAAUACAAUAAAUAAAUAUAUAAAGAAAUAAUACAAAAAUA